UGAGGCGCGCUUUGGCAGGCUGCCGCGCGUUGCAUUGUGGGAGUCGUUGAUUGGCGCACUUCCGCUCCCAUUGUGCGCGAGAGACGGUAAAUAACACUGAAGCUCCACUCUAAACAUUAUUUAAACACAACUUAUACCAAGGUGAGCGUGUGUCAGAAUGGCCCGUACGAAGCAGACCGCCCGUAAAUCCACCGGAGGAAAAGCUCCUCGUAAGCAGCUGGCGACUAAAGCAGCCCGUAAGAGUGCGCCCUCUACUGGAGGAGUCAAGAAGCCCCAUCGCUACAGGCCCGGGACCGUGGCUCUGCGUGAGAUCCGCCGCUACCAGAAGUCCACCGAGCUGCUGAUCCGCAAGCUUCCCUUCCAGCGUCUGGUGCGUGAGAUCGCUCAGGACUUCAAGACCGACCUGCGCUUCCAGAGCGCCGCCAUCGGAGCCCUGCAGGAGGCCAGCGAGGCGUAUCUGGUGGGUCUGUUUGAGGACACUAACCUGUGUGCCAUCCAUGCCAAGCGUGUCACCAUCAUGCCCAAAGACAUCCAGCUGGCGCGCCGCAUCCGUGGAGAACGAGCCUGAGCUCUCCCUCUCUUUGUUUGUCUCUCUCUUGCUGUUUGUUGGUAGUUUUAGAGUCCAGUCCUGGUGGAGUGAGUGAUGUCUCUUUGUUUUUUGGCUACAGACUUUUAGGGUACUUCCUGUUUGCAUGUACCAGCCCGUGACUGAUCAGCCCCACACACACACACACACACACACACACACACACAGUCUGUGAAGUGAUCAUGAGUGAAGGUUAACGAAGGCGGUCAGGGCUGAUGUCUGCAUUCAGGGCUUUGCAUCUCUCAUGCAGGGUGCUAAAACAGCUCUGACCCGUCCCAGAAUUCCCUGCACUGUCCAUCACGAGCGUGUGUGUGUGUGAGGCUGUCGAUCAGUAAGGGGUUUGUAUAUGAGCAUCUCUCCAACAAAUGUUUAUUAUUGCAAUAUCAAGAAUUACUUUUAAUAAUUAUUGAUGUCUGUUUCUUUUUUUAAUGCAUCCUUAUAAGCUUGUUUCAUAGAUCUAUAGCAUAUUUUUGAAGGUGGAGAUUCUUAUAAAGACAGUUUUACAUCACAAAUCAUGUUUGUUUUCUAGAGGAUGAGUUUGGGUUCAGUCUCAGGCGUGUGAAGAACACGUUUAAUCGCAUAAACGACUCGUUCAUUUUGGGUCUUUUGAAUCUGGACAGACUGACUUGUUAAUUUAAAUUGAAUAAAUAAAUAUAUAUUGGCUUGAUACUGUUUUUGAGUUUCGCCACGAGAAUUUCCUUCAUUACAGAAUUCAGUUUUCUUCUGUUCUCUUCAGUGUGUCAGGACUCCUCAGGCAGACAUGGAAACAUCAUUAUUAUUGAAUCCUGCUUGAUUUGUGGGUGUUUUUUUUCUUUCUCCUUUAUUCAGAGUUUGACUACAGAACAUUCAGGUGUUUAAAUAAACUGAUCUUUGUCAUUUGAAAUGUCUCCUAAUUGCGUAAUAAAUAGAUGUCACACACUUUUGUGGGUUGUCUUUCACUGUGAUGUUAAAAUAAAUUACAUUCAACUCUUGUUAAAGAA